AUGACAGAAAGCCUUGAGGAUGAUGAUGAUGAUGAUGAUGAUGAUGAUGAUGAUGAUGAUGAUGAUGAUGAUGAUGAUGAUGAUGAUGAUGAUGAUGAUGAUGAUGAUGAUGAUGAUGAUGAUGAUGAUGAUGAUGAUGAUGAUGAUGAUGGUGAUGAUGAUGUCAAUUGCGUACCCCGCAACAUGACGAGUGCAGGCAAAGUUGUUAGUGCGUAAGUCCGUUAACAGUGAUAAUGGACUUGCACCAUACCUACCGCACACUCUCUCCCCCCCUGGACCCGAUGUCAAAAAAGCGGUAAGGUAGGACGUAGAGGCUGUCUACGCGUGCCACACACGUCUGUUUCGUACGCUAUGGACCAGGUUUUCCUAGGGGGUAAGAAAGGAAGGCGGCUCGGUCUCGCCUGGUUGGGGAAGCCAUAUGGGCCAUAGUAAGAAGACGCUACUACAGUCUGUCUAUCCGACCGAGUUAUCCUGUUAGUUGGCAGCCCUUCAAGGCACUGUCUUUAGAGAACAGUGAUAGUUUAUGAGCGCGUGAGAUGGCUGACAGUGGGGAGCAGCCCCCACACGGGCCACUUGGUAGAUGCGCUGGACAAACACGGGGGCCAUAUCGGACUCUGACAGGCGUCAUCGGAUUUGCGCAUCACAGUAAAUGUCAACAUUUCGGGGGGGCUGCGGUGACAGAACCGGUUGCCGGCAGACGUUGCGCACACUGGGACCCCUGCUGUCAUUUGCUGUGUGGACCAGGGAGUGUGGAGUGGAGCGCCAAGGUGGGGGCUCGACAGUGCCAUCCCCCUUCGUCCUCCUCCGCCUCCGGUCUUCUCACCUCUAUCUUGACACCGGGUCCAGAUGGUAAUAGGGGUUAUACAAGCUGGGCCGGGAAACGCACAGGCGACGAGGUGAAGUCGUUGUAUACGAAAGAAAAGCUAUCAGGAAUGCGCGAUUGUGCUUUGAGUGGUUGAUAAAUAUUUGCCCUAAACCCAACACUAUCGUGUCCAUCAGGUGCGGCUUCAUAACCACAUCUUACCAAGUCGAGGAGCGCCCUUCUUGCUUCAUUCACUAACGAGCGACACAGUGUUUGAGACUAUCCAAAAUUCGAAUUCGCCACCACCAAGGGGCAUCGGUGAAGUCGUGAGUACGUGAGGGUACGGUUCCAGUCUCGAUGCUCUCCGCAUGAUCUUUGACCCGCACGUCAGUGAACACUCUCAUGUGCGUCAGUGAUCGUCAUCUCGCCUGAUCACGUGAUAGUCACACGCCUCUUUGACGUGGUAGUGAUGGGUGGGCCAUCGACGCCGGCCUCAGUGGCGUCGCCGAGACUGGGGAGUGGGACGCUGACGCCUGCCUGCAUCUGCUUGCCAACUGUCAGCAGCCCUGCAGGAUCCCCGUAUCUAGGUGUCGGAGUGUGUUUGACUGGCAACAAAUAAUUAGCUUGAGAUAUACAUACAAGUCGAUUCUGCUUCUUAGGUAAAGUCUUGGUCAUUUGCUGUGUGGACGAGGGUGUGUGGAGUUGGGCGCCAAGGUGCAGACUCGACGGUGUCAUCCACCUGCGCCCUCCUCCGCCUCCGGUCUUCUUGACUCUGUCUUGACACCGGGCCCAGGUGGGGGAUGGGAGGAGAAAGUGCGUUAGGUGCUCUGCAAGGUGGGCAUCGUCGACAACGACGGUCGAACCAUACUGGGUGAUAUGCUCCGAGGGCCGUAGACAGAGUCGUGGCCCCAGAGUCGACACUCCUCUCUCUCUGGCCUGUCUGAUGCUGCAGUUGGACCCAAUUGGCUGACAGAGCUAAUUAGUCGUCUGCGCGUCCAACACACGACCUAGCCCUCCACACAAACCUGCGGGCCGCAGAACACAUAACCUGCCGCUCACCUAGUGAAACACAACAGAUCACACCUUGGCGUUUUUCCUUGAUGUGAUUGGCUCAUGUGGCUGAAGCCAUCACGGAGUUCGCGUUCAUUGAGAGCCGUAGACGGACUCUCCUUUCUCUGGCCUGUCUGUCAUCUGAUGCUGCAAUUGGACGCAAGUGGCUGGCAGAGCUAAGCAGCCGUCUACUCGUAUCACACACGGUAGUUCGGCCGUUGAUUUCGACGAUGUCCACUGGGUAACAGUCGGGAGAUGGCACCAAAAAAAAAAUCCGUGACCUAGAAAUGAUACCUUUAACAGUGGGCUCAAACGCCUUCAGGAUAUAUCAGCGGUUGCAGGCCUACUUUAACGCAUUACUUAUACUUUCCCCGACGGCCUGACAUGGGCUGGCUGAACGAACAUCGCAGGAGGUUACAUGGACGAUGGUCGCUGUUACCCAACAUUCUCCAUCGUUACACACGUACACCAGAAUAUACGGCAUACAUUCGCAUUAUGGCAGUUUAUUACAAAACAAAAUCCCUUUUAAAUAGGAUAAGUCUGCACAACAUGGGACAAGAACAGUUCCCAGGCAUCUGUCAAAGACACGGCAUUGAGGCCAAACCAAAGACGAUACUGUACUUCGUCUAUGUCAGCCCACACAGUUCGACCACAUACAGGGCCUCCAUCGUGGAGUUUCCUUUUCAGUCUACUCCAGUAUGCCUCAAUAGCAUUGGUGUGCCGUCCGGUGGUAGGGUCCUUGAAGUUCUUUGAGUGGUUAACAGAGAAAUGUAGAUAACCUUCUGAGGGAAGACGAUUAUACGCCUUCCACUCGUUCGUUACCACGAUACUGCCUUUGGCGACACAUUUUGUAAUAACGGAACGGAGAGCGGGCCAACUUCGAUCAUUCAUCUGUUCAAAUAAAGCUUUCCGUCGGCUAGUAUCGUGCAUCCCGACCAGCCAUCACCCAUAAAACCCCUAUUACCCCCUGUCCCGUAAGACAGGCUGCUUUGGUUAGGCGGAUUUUUUUUGGGUGCCAUCUCCCGAUUGUUACCGUUCACUGUGCGCUCCACAGCAGGGUGAGGACAGGCACGGUGAAUUGCAUGUGAAUGUAGACUUGCACAGCAUCUACCGCAUUCUUCCCUCCUACUCCCCACCUGGAUCCGGUGUCAAGACAGAGUCAAGAAGACCGAAGGCGAUGGUAGGCGCGGUCGAGUCCGCACCCUGGCGUUCCACUUCAUCCGCCCUCCCCAGUUCCGCACAACAAAUAACCAGCUUUUUGAUUCACAACAAAAAUGAGGAGGCGGUGUGCUUGACGUACUCCAGAAACCGGGUCCGCCACCGCAACCCGAAAUGUUGGCAUUUGUUAUGGUAACUCCUGCCAUAGUUCAAAAUGAUCCCCGUGCUGGUCCAGCGCAUCUACCACGUGGCCCGUUUGGGCGACACACCCGUGUCCCACACGACCUGGUCCUCCAUACAAAACACCAGGUUUUUUACACAAACGUGGCCGACCGCAGGACAUUUAACCUACCGCUCACCUACUAAAACACAACAGAGCACAUAUGUACAGCGUGGUUUUUACCUUGGUGUGAAUGGCUCACAUGACGGAAAUGGUUUUCCACUAAAAGACAUCGCAGAGCUGCGCGGCAGACUCCUUUAUUUGGGUUAAGUACAUGACGGGGUAAAGGAAAACUCCCCCCCGGCCGGCCGGCUUGUCUGUAGCAGCUGGGAGGGGGGGGGACAUAGACACAUUUCUCUAUACUUGGUUUCUUUCGACGGCUGGGAUUGAUGGAGGAGGGCUCGACUCCCAUGAUGAAUUUGCCUAACACAGGGGCAUAAUCCUUGUCACAGUGCUGGUGCCGUAGAAAAAAGCACCAAGUCAGUCCCGGCAGUUCCAGAAGACGAUUUCGAUAAGGGUUAAGUGUAUGCGUGGGGUCAGGGAAAACUGUGGAGCAUUGCCUGCAAUAUUUUUAAAAGUAGGUUUUGCUCGACAGCGUUUUGGUCGGCCUUUCGUCGGUAGGAUGACGUUCGCUGACCUGUACCGCCACGAGGAGCCGUUACUGCCGGAAGGCCUUCACUGGUUCAUUGUUCUACACCCCCAACAUGUAAUUCUUCGGUAAGGGGAGAGAUCAUUUUAAAAAAAGUUCGGCCCUAAGAGCAGUCCGGUAGUGAAAAAAAGGUCCGAAAGUUUGUUAGAUAGAACGCACACGUCUGCCAGUAAGUGGGGAGUGUUAAACCUUGAUGAAUUUGUUAAACAACAGUUAACACUUCUUCCCCCCGCGCAUAUACUCAAUCCUUGCACUCUUUCCAUACUAGCGCAAACUUUUCUGGACCUUACAGCUCUUUGAAUCCUGUUUUUCUUCUUCAGGUAACGGACUGCCUUCUCGCGAUGUCUGAUCAACUUCAUCUGCAAAAAUAUCGAUCAAACUGUGCCGCGGGUGAACUUGCGGAGCUUAUUCGCUGUACGUGGGACACACCCCCUCCCUCCCCUAGGGCACGCAUCUGUUUCGUUGUCAUGGCUGCAACUUGGCCAGCCCUCUAACUCUUAAGUUACACUUCCACAGUCCAUUGAGGACCAUCAUAUCCGGUGGCACCAGCGGCCUCAAGGUCACGAACAGCCAAUGGCAGGACGAGUUGUGCAACGCCGAAGGGGGAGCAGGCCGCCUCGCCAAUAAGCGAUCGAUUCAGGGUUUCUAUGUUGAUCGUCACGUAGCGAUCCUGGGUUCCUCCUGGCCAGAGAAUUUUAAUGAACUCUUAUUUGUGUUUUACGCAGACUUGAUUGAUUUUAAGGGGCUUUGCAAUUCAGGAACCUCGAUAGUCUUGAUGGGAUUUGAACCUGGGAUAAAGAUUUCAGUGCUCCAGUACAGUCAAAUGCCCUACAAAUUACGCUUCGAAGGCCACAGUGUUUAAAAAAAUAAGAAGUUGCCCAAUAACUAAUUUUGCAUUCUAAUCUCUCUUUGAUUUAAGUGAGACUGAAAAAUAUAAACUCUGGUUGCAAUUUAGAGGUUACCGGCCAAGUUUAGUGUCCAGUAUAUACCAACAAGGCUUUUCAUGAGGGAUUUUUUGACGAGAUUUUUGAUACUUUCGCAAAUUUUUGAAGAUGAUCUUAAGGUUGGCUUAAGUAAAUCCGCAUUAGCGACUGGUAAAAUGGUGCUUCUGAUUCUGUUUGCUUUAAUUUACGUUCUUUAACUGACAAACUGCUCCAAGGCCGCGUUACGUGUGUCGUUUACUGACAACGUUAUCCCUAUGUAGGAAUUUAAAGCCCUAUGUGUUGCUCUGGAAACCUGAACAGUUCAGUCACGUGAGCAACAGUGUCCUCUGUCGUCCGAUCUGGCGUGUCCACCAGCGGCGAUUUGCACGUGAAUUUGUUCAUACGUAGUUGGGAAGACAUGUGCAGCAUCUACCGAGCCCUCUUUCCUCCCUAACUCGCCUUGCUCCGAUAGUAAGGCGACGUCGGAGGGACUGGACAGUGGCGGUGACCGUUUACGCGUGCCACGCACGAUCUGCUUCUCCCUCCUUUUGUAGCUGGCAACAGUAAUGGCGGCUCGAGUCUCAGAGAAGUGGACGCGGCACAAAGGCAGCCUUCCAAGUCACGACUUUUAGGUUGAAGCACAUCAGGUUUGUUGCGAUAAGGAGUGUGGUCAUGACAACGGAUUUCCCAGUGUCACCCUCACUCCCCCCCCCUUCUCUCUAAGAAGCAUCAGUUGGCUGUCCGAGCUUGUGAAACAACUUAUGACCAUUCCUAUUGGUCGGUGGAUGCAGAGUUUGAGUCUGCAUUUCUUCGAGCAGCUACCAAGACAAGGAAUACUCUGCACAGCGGGGAAACCUCUGUGUGCUUUGCGAUCAUGAAACUUGCAGCUGAUGUUCAGAAGAGCACAUCUUACCAUAAGUUUUUUCGACAACAACUCCAACUGUGCGUGAACCACCCGUAUCUGCCAUUGUCUCUGAUGAUGGGUUCGAGUGGGAAACCGAGACGUCAGACAAAUAAAGCUCCUAUCUCAGCGAUCGUGUCUCCGUCUUCACAACAAGGGGGAGAAUUCAUGGUAAUUGAUCCACGUAGAGCUAGGCGACACCAUCGGGGAUCAAAGUUAUUCCCAUCGGUUCGCUCAGAACCGCCCAUGUGACCCACAGUUAAACCAAAUUAAGUCGACAUUAACGUCCAGUGUCAACCGCGCAAGGGGUGGGUGGAUUUAGAGUUCGAGUCUGUAUUUCAUCAGGUAAGGAAUCUUCUGCAUGGAGGGAAAGUUGCUGCGUAUUUUGUGAUUUUUAAACCUACAGUGGAUGUUGUGAAGAACAGACCUUACGAUACCUGUUCAAAAACAUUACUGGCUGCCGAUUUGGCCCAAGCAGAGGUAGGUGACGCCAUUAGGGCUCAAAGUUAUUCUUAUCGAUCCGUCCAGAACCGUCAAUAUGACCUAGGGCCAAGCCAACCGCCAUUGAAAACAACGGCUUGAUGUUCGUGUUUAUGCGCCACCGCCUUCUAAAUUUCCACGCCAUCUCCCUCGUCUAGCAGAGUACUUCUGCAACCCUCCCUUAAACCCGACUGAGCCAUUUUAGGACGCCUCUGUUUUCCUUUGCAAAGGCAAACUCGAUCAACUGGUGGCCUGCGGGUGCCUGCAGACUGACUGUUUGACAGCCUUAGAGAGUACCCACCCGACGCAAGCAGAGGCAGUGGACUCGAGCAGAAGCAGAAUUCAGGCCAGGGGACAGACAAAUCACCACCACCACCACCACCAUCGUCAGGCCAGCGCCUCUGCGAGGUCAGUUCUGACUUUGCCAAUUUCAGGGACUUGGUUUUGAACAGAAAACGCUCCCACAACAGCUGGCUAUGCCAUUUUCGAAGGUCGAACGUCUGGCGACUUUAAAUAAUAAAUCUUGCAAAUGCUCUUAGGUGCGGGGUUUUAUGCAACUCGGGAUUCAUAGAUCGACACCUGACGGUAUUUCAUACUUUCCUCUUCUAUAUCUCUUAGACAAAUAGCGUGUCGUACUGGUUUUACUUAUUAAGAUGCGUUUUUCUGGAUUGGAGAGUUGGAGAGUGACCAUCAUUAUUUGAUGGAAGCUUCUGAAAUGAUCUUCAGAUGCAGCACAUUCAGCCCUUCAGCCAGACUUACAGAUGCUCGGAUCUAUAAACAGAACUGGAUUAUGGGCGUGCAAUAGGCAUAAGCCGAUAUGAUUAUCGACCACCACCUUCCAGGCUAAGAAGCGACCAAUCAGGACUAAGACAAAAAUUCGUUUCCGUAGAAUCGGGCUAGGGCCGUUUCUUGUGCUCUCGCCAUGCGUCGGUCGAUUGGCGAUAUUGCACCUGAGUUCUCCAUUGCCAACAGCGUCGCGUUAAUCUCGCGUGUCAGCGUUUUCAUGGGGUUGGAUUCGCAUGGGACAUAGGACUGACGAUCCUCCAACAAGCUUUUGGCUUUUUGAUUGUAGUCUGUCCUGUCCAAUACGACCGUUGAACGCCCCUUGUCCGCAGGCACGAUAACGAGGUCGUUGUCGGCCCUGAGUUCCUUAAGUGCAUCACGCUCGACCUUGGAAAGCACGUCGCGCGGCCUAUGAACCAUGAGGAGGGAGGACACUUGAUGUCGAAUGAGGUUCUUCGUUUCGUCUGUCGCUCCCGUCUGGCUGAGGAUUGAUUCCACUGCUGCGAUCAUGUUGGCAGGUUUGGCAUCGGCUGUGUUGAAUGAGGCCUCAUGCCGUAAAACCUGCAUUUGUUCCUCCGUCAGCUCCUUUGACGACAGGUUGUGCACCAGUUUGUCGUUCUUGGAUGACAUUGGAGCAGGCAGCUUACGAAAUUUGUUCUCUAGGGCUGCUUCGCGAGUAGCCAUUGAGGUUGCGAGAUGGUCCCGGUUUUUCGUACUGCUUUAGGUUUUGGCUGCGCCUCUUCCGGGAGCUUCAGUUCAUAAGAAACUCGUACUUCACUGAUGAGUCUCUUGCAUAAGUUUCGUUGUUUGCUAAAUUCCUAAAGUUUUUCUGGGCUCCCCGUUUGUAAGAAGACGAUCCGCAACUUGCGUUUUUCUCGAAUUCCCUUCUUAACCGAUGUUGUCAGCCAUUUGGGGUUGUUUCCGAUCGGAUGUUUCUGGAGAGUACACUACUUCAGCUAUUCAGUGUUCGGGCCCCAGGUGUUCCACACUGCGGAGUUGGGUAUGACUAGCCGGAAAUGGGCAUUCUAGUCUCCCUUGUCUUUGUCGGUAAUAACACUCUGCAUAUAUGUACAUAUAGAAGCGAGGAGGGACGACAGAGAAUGCGGGUAGAUUGGUACAGUACUGUUUCGGGCUUAUCGUGCCUUCAUUCAGCCAAUCAUAACCCUGACUUACAGCUGGGACCAGUAGCACAAACAUGCGCACAGACGCACCUGGCGCAGUUGGUCCAUCGCUGGGGUCUACCAGAUCGGGCAUAAGCGCUCCAUCAAACCGAAGUUCGUCAGCGCCUCGACACCUGUCAUUCUCUGUCGCUGCAGAUCGGGUAUUUAUUCAAUCAGGAAAGGGCGCACACCGAUCUAUUGGUUUCACGAAGCAAACAAGCUCCGUAUGGGUGGGAUGGAAUAAAUAUACGAUCCGCAGACGAAGCCAGAAACCAAACCCAACCGGCCCUAGAUUUUGGAGGGGAAACUAAGACGAGACCGAAAUUCUCGCAAGAGGUGACAACCGCGUGAGCGGGGAGCUGCUUGAGUCAUGGUUUACUGGCCCCUAGUCAAUUAACAAGCGCAAUGAUCAUCCCAUUCCAUACUUGGUACUGAGACUUCGUCUAGGCGGAGUAAAUGGCCACGCGAGGAGCGUACAUGUGAACACUUUUCCCAACACUAGGGUCAGCGCGUCAGAUGGUCGAGCAAUCAUCACACCAACAUCCAACGCAUGUGAUGAAUUGCAGUAAUUAACGACGCGAAUGUCGACCAUCACACCGCAUGAAAGGAUCUCUGAUAACGGGGGGAAGCCGUGAGUGUUCAUAGGUAUGCGGUAGCAUGGCUACUGCAUCCUAUAAAUACUGCAGCCGCAUAUGCAUGAACCACCCCUAUCUGCUUUUGUCUAGGAUGAUGGGUUCGAGCAGGAAUCCGAAACGUCAGGCGAAUAAAGUUCUUUCCCAGCGAUCGUGUCCCCUUCUUCAAGACUGCUUCCUCAGGCUCGUCUCUUCGCUUAUAUUGGCAUCGAGAGUGUGGUCACUGUUGGUGGGGAUGGUCGUCGUCGUGGACGCCGUGGUGGGUUUGGACAGGGCUGACGGUCGAUUUUGCCAGUCUGAGGUUGCUCCAUUAAGUCCCCAGUUGUCUAACGCGGCCGAUUCGCUCGCGGAAUGCGCAUUCGCAGCGUGGACUUGUAGGAAGAGGUGAGGUUUUGGCUUUGUGGAUCCGAGGCGUUGGUGACUUGUGAGCCGCCCUUUUAGUUUUGGCAGCGGUGAUCCGGUUUGUUUCAUAGAUCACCUCGUAAGUCCUCACUGUUCUUCCCUAGUUCAGUCUGCCCUGGGCAAGGUCUUCCCUGCUCUCCGGGGUGGGCAUAACCUGACCUACGUAAACGUACAAGGUACUUAUGUCCGAGGGGUGAGAUUGAAGAGGGCCACUUAACUAACUUAUAAACUCGGGUUUCCUCCAAUGUCUCCAAAUCCGUAGGUCCCUUUCGGGGUAAUUGGGUGUUUUCUCGGUUUCACAAGUCGUAUUGGCGAGGUUUAGCUCGUUGAAAUAGAUAUUUUCUCCAGUAAAAUUGUUAUUAUCCCAGUAGGUCAGCCGCGAUCGACCUAUGCCUAAACCCUAACGGUUUCUAUAUGUGAUAGUUAUAUAUCCUGUCUACUCAAGCACAAUUAGUAGCAAUAUAUAUUCCUAAAUAAAAAGGUGCGUUCACCGGGAGAGCUGUAUUUGAGGUCUGACGUUUCGGGUAGUCAUUUCUUCUACCCAUCUUCACAGACUGAGCAAUCAUGCACGCAGCUUUCCUUUUAUGGCGCGCUUUGUUUGAUGCCUGGCCCACCAAUGUCGCCCGUGGGGCUGCAUCCGAUCCGCAUGUCACCGUGGCCUGAAUCCCGCCCAUCUUCGUCGGCCGCGGCGAUAACUGGCGGUCCCGAAACGUCUGACCUCAAAUACACCUCUCCCGGUGAACGCCUCCUUUUCUUUUGAUAUGCCACCUGGGGAUCGCAUUCUCACUACUAUUGAUAUAUAUUUCUUUUAGAACUUCACCUGGUCGCACAGCAAACGCUGCCUGCCCUAGCUGUGAAGAGAUGCGAGUUUCAGCCUAUGACCUCGCACGCAGCGCACCUACCUGGAACAAGUCAGACGAAACCCUCAUACAGAACCUGUGUAUUUGCUGCCUGCAGUCUCUAGCUCUCGGCCUUCGUAGCCGCUUAGAAAGGGCCAUGGCAGAUAUCGAAGAACUCAGAAUCGAGCUGGCUACGAAGUUGUCGCACGGUGACCGCAUGGAGCGACAGAGGAUGGUUUCUAGGGAAUCAGAACUGCUUGCAGAGUUGGAAGGCGCCAAGAAGGAAAUCGAAGAGUUGCACAGGCGAAUGGAACAGAUGGAGGACGAAAAGGUACGUUCUUCCACACACCGACGCCUAUUGAUAACCGCCGGAGCAAGUCUUGAGAGAAAUUUAACAGAAUUCACUCAUUUAGAUGACUUAUUUGACGAUCAGAAGUCGUGUUUUAAUUUGUUUCACUAGGAUUCGGAGGCGGAGCAUCUCGAGAAGCUGACGAAUAAGCUGGAAAAACUUAGACAACAGCAGGCGCGCAAAAUUGCCGGCCUGCAGACGAAAACGGAACAACAGAAGCUUUCUGGUCAACAGCAGGAGAAACAACUGACUGCUGCCAAGGGCAUCAUCGCCGGCGUUCGUCAGAAGCAAAUUCGAGUGAGUUUGUAGCCUGGGUGGAGUAACUCAUGAAAUAUCGACCUAAAUUCCAAAAUGUGUUUUCUUUUCAAAAAAGAUUAACUCAGUGGGGUUGUAAAAAUAACCAUCGUGCAGCACAAUACUACAAUAAUUCAAUUACCUUCGCAUGUCAACUUUCGAAUAGACUUCUUUCCGGCUGUCUGCACAAACCAUAUUCUCUAAAAAUGGCUACUUAACGAGCAUGCAUUUUUCUCAUUGAUUUUCAACGCCCUUAAGAAUUCAAUUAUAUUUCGUGGAAAACAUGCAUAAAAAUAUUCAUUCUAUUGCUCAUUCGGUAGAGAAUUACGUCUACCGCCAAUUUCAUACUCGAGAGGAAGAUGUACUUCGGUUUUAAGAAGGUUUCUUAUUGUGAGAUGUUUUAGUACCGUGAAACGGCCGUUCAUAAAACGUCAUGUCUCUGCAUUUACCAAUGUGGCUUGUGAAGAUGACAAUAUGACUUAAAUCCACUGCUCAAUUUAACGAACCACAUAUAGUCCUCUCUUAAUACCGUAGAGAAAUGUAUAGUUUUCCAUGCGCAAAAAAUGCACGGCUUGUAGUUUUAAAACCCUCAAUGCAUGUGUAACGCAAGUCGGGGUUCAAAAUUAAUCGGGAAUUGGAAAAGUUUAUACACUUUUUUAGUAGGAGGUGAAAUUUUCUACCAAAUGCAUGUUUUCCAUGAAGCAUAAUCGAAUUUUUUAUGGCAUCGAAAAUCGAUGGAAAAAUGCAUGUCCAUUAAGUAGUCAUUUCUUACAAAGUAAAGUUUUUGCAUGCACCCGGAAAUAAGUUCGUUCGAAAGUCGGCAUCCUGAGGUAACUGAAUUAUUAUAGGAUAAUUCUGCAGGUUGAUUAGUUUUACAGCUCUAUUUAAUUAAUCAUUUUGAAACGAAAACGGGCAAAUGUCAGUAAACUUUCGAUCGUGCCAUGUGGGGUUUUAUCUUGGUAUACAUUUGCAGACUGUUGCAGAAAUUACACUGCCAACUACUUCCCAUGACCCCAAACCCUAACUCAAAAUCCGUUAUUUUGCGAAAUUCACUUUUUAUUUAUUGUUUAGUUACUGCUCUCAUUUCCGUUGUCGUACAAUAGUGUAGGAUAAGACUUUCGGCAUAAAUCCAGGCAAUUUUUGUCUUUUCUUUCAUUUUGUCAGCUUACUGGCUAGCGUUCUGCCCCACUCACGUAUGCUACGAUCCACAGUCUACUGACAUUUAAGUGGGGCCCUUCCUUAUACCGUUGCCCGAAAACGCAUCUAGGAAUUUCGGUUGACAUUUCAUGAGCUAGUCCACCUACUGUAUAAAUUGCCGUUGAGUUUGAAGAGAGGCUUUUUUGUAACCCGGUUUUCCGAAUUUCCUGCUGCAGCUGUUGGACUUUAGGAACACCCUGGCCCGCAUGCUCAGCAUUGACACCUGGACCCUUCCCAACCCCGAAUCGAUUAUUGUGCAGAAGGUGCAAGCCCUUCUGUGCUCCACGCAGAUGGCUGCGCAGCGACAGUUUACUCCGCAGUGGCCUCUGAAUCCUGUCAGUCGAAUGCCAUCUCUCAUGCCGGCUCCAAUGAGACUGCCCGCACUGGACUAUUCAGGCCUACAAACCGGACCACCUGAGGGUGCCUUUACAGGUGAGUGCAAUGAACUUCCCCUUCCAUACUCUGUGCUGAGACUUCGUCUAGGCGGAGUAAUUAGCCAUGCGGGGAGCGCACAUGUGAACACUUGUUACAACACCAGAGUCGGUGGAUCGGUUGAUCGAGCAAUUACUACGCCAACACCCAACGCACGCAAACAAACUGCAGCAAUUAACGACGCGAAUGUCGGCCAUCAAACAGUUAGCACACCAAGUGCAACGAUCCCGAAUGAAGGGGGGAGCCGUGAAUGCUCAUAGGUAUGUGGUCGCAUGGCGACUGCAUCCUAUAAAUACUGCAACCCCUUGUGCUUGAAUCACCCGUAUCUGUUUUUGUCUCUGAUGAUGGAUUCGAGCAGGAAUCCGAAACGUCAGGCUAAUAAAGCUCUUGCCCCAGCGAUCGUGUCUCCUUCUUCAACAUUAUAGGUGGGUGUUGUGUCAGUCAUCCGACCUAUUCAGACCACUUACUGCGCAUAAACUAGCUGGAUGCAUAGUGGUCAUUACACCGGACUGCAUUCUACCAAUCAUAAUCAAAUUAGGCAAACAUAAGUUGAAAGCUACCGUGCUAUUUGUGCAGCCUCGGUGUGGUCUACUUUAAGCGCCGUUAGAUUAAAGUUUCACUGUCAUUACAUAGAAGUAUAGAAGCUGCGAAAAUUCCUAUUGAAGAAUUCAAAAGACAAUUUGGUGAGAAUACGUAAGCUUGCGAUAAAUUCUCAUCAGGCCUAAACAUUUAUAUUGCUAUCGAAAUGAUUAAAAGGAAAAUUCGGACAGGCAGAAAUUAUUCUGUUGCUGGGGUUUGGGGGGAGGGUCUGAGUGGGUGAGGUGAAAAACAAAAUUACCGUCAGUUUCAGGGGGGAGAAGGGCAUGGUGGGCACUGGGACGGGUAAUUAUACGCAGGUGACUGGCAUGGUGGGUUUGGGCCAUGGUAACUGUGGGGUCUGUACGAAGUUAUUUUGUGAGCAUAGAAAUGGUUUGUAUAGCCUGACUGCAGCCGCCUCUGCUGUUACCAACAGACGCUGUCCAAGUGAUUUUGGAUAGCUUGUCGGGACCUUGUAAAUCACUCGGAAUGCCUGUCCGGCAUCCGCACAGUGGUCUGUGCUUACCAUGUGGGCGAGGAUAGGGGUGAAUGGUAUUACCGACAAAGACAAGGGAGACUGGAAUGGCCAUUUCUGGCUUAUUAGCCAUCGUCAGCCAGCCAUGCCCAAGCCCGAAGUGUGCAACACCCGAACCUCGAACUCGCGACCUGCUGGUUAUGAAGUCCACGCCUCUACCCACCGGGCCACGAGCCCGUUGCCCUGUCGGUUUUCGAUCGGGAAUAUACAAUGGUAGGGGGCGCUCACCGAUCGUUCCUACGGAAGUCACUCGUUCCGUUGUGCCUUAAGGACUCUCUCUCGAGCCCACCCAGCAGCCGCACAGCGUCCCCUACCAGAGGAUGGAGCUAUUGACGUUCUUUGGCCCUUUCCUACCCAUGCUGGAAGGCGUCCUCUUAUUCUUUUGGACAAACGCCGGCUCUUGCGACCAAUAUAUUCUGCCCCACAGGAGCAGGUGA